AUGGCUUUCUACAAAGUGAUCUGUGCGGUGACUCUGCUGACUCUCCUGACACAAGUGUGUGGUCAGCCUAAGCUCAACACCAAGAUUGUUGGAGGACAGGUGGCCUCUGAAGGCAGCUGGCCCUGGCAGGCCAGUCUGCAAGACUCUACAGGGUUCCACUUCUGUGGAGGAUCCCUCAUUAACAAUGAAUGGGUGCUGACUGCUGCUCACUGCUUCGCAAGCACAGACCCAAAGGCUGUGACUGUGGUUCUGGGUCUCCAGAGUCUACAGGGAUCAAACACCAAUAAAGUGUCUCAGACAGUAUCACAGAUCAUCAUUCAUCCCAGCUAUAAGUCUGGAACUAAAGAAAAUGACAUCUGCCUGCUGAAGCUCUCCUCACCGGUGACAUUUAACACCUUCAUCCUGCCCGUCUGCCUGGCAGCCCCAGGCAGCACCUUCUACAACGGCACUGCAGCCUGGGUCACCGGCUGGGGCGACAUUGGAUCUGGAGUGUCCCUUCCUUCCCCAGGAAACCUAAUGGAGGUGCAGGUACCGGUUGUGGGGAACAGACAGUGUAACUGUGACUAUGGAGAGGGCAGGAUCACAGACAACAUGAUGUGCGCCGGGUUAAGUGCUGGAGGGAAGGACUCCUGUCAGGGGGAUUCAGGAGGUCCGAUGGUGAGCAAGCAGGGCGGUCACUGGAUCCAGGAGGGAGUCGUCAGUUUUGGAAGAGGCUGUGCCCUGCCUAAUUUCCCAGGGGUCUACACCCGAGUGUCCCAGUAUCAGUCCUGGAUCAACAAACAGAUCACCAGCAACCAGCCAGGCUACAUCACCUUCACGUCCAAUGGGACUGACAGUGACCUCAACGUCACCUGUUCUGACCUGCCACUAACUACAACUACUCUCACUUCAACAACUCUCGCUCCAACAACCACAGCCCCACCUGUGGUCUGUGGCCAAGCCCCACUGAAUUCAGGUGUUCUGGGAGGAAGCUCUGUGGCGACAGCUGGUGUUUGGCCAUCGAUGGCGAGCCUACGGAACAAUGGAAGUCAUGUGUGUGGCGGGACUCUGGUGGCUUUGGACUUUGUGUUGAGCAACGCCAACUGCUUCUCAAGUUCACCCAUAGCGUCUGAAUGGACUGUCGUUUUGGGUCGUUUGAAUCAGAAUGGAUCCAACCCCUUUGAGGUGACACUGAAUGUGACAAAUAUCACUCUGAGCAACCUCACUGGGUCUAAUGUAGCAGUGCUGCGUCUGGCAACCAGACCCACCCUGUCCAACUACAUCCAGCCCAUCUGCCUGGACAACGGACAAACCUUCGCUGUGGGUUUGACGUGCUGGGCUGCUGGCUGGAGCGCCGGGCAAGGAGGGGUUGAACAAGUUCUGCAGCAGUUACAGACCUCUGUGGUAAGCUGUGGAAACGUAUCAACGAGUGACAGCAUUUGUACAAACUCUUUCACACUGGGGCAGGGUGGUUCUGGCGGUCCAUUGAUGUGUAAGCAGGGCGGCUCUUGGUUCCAGGCAGCAGUGUUGUCAGUUGAAAACAACAGCACCAGUCAAACACGAGCAGAUCCAGUGAUGGUCUUCACCAAACUCAGCCACUUUCAGUCCUUCCUGGCUCAGACAGUGGGGACGUUCUUAUCUCCAGCCUCCAACACCACCAACACCACCAGCAGCAGCAGCACAACUGCCACCAAUACACUCACUACCAGCGGGGACGCUCCUGCUCACUCCCCCAUGUUUUUCCUCCAUCUCCUCAUCUUCUCUAUGUGUCUCCACCUCUUUUCAUAGAUGUGACGAGCACAAAUUAAUGUCAACAAUCAACAACCUUAAAUUUGAGAGCUAGUGUAGGCUUAAAGCUGCUUUAACUACUCUAUGACUUGAUUCUGCCUCUGUUGGUGACGGGACGCCCUCUGCUUUCAGUCUAAAAAUUUCUUUAAUACAAUGAUAAAAUGUGAAAUCAAUUCUAAUAUGUUUUUUAACUAACUGAUUAUUUUGAAUGAGUCUUAAAUUGAAUCCUAAAGUGCCACUUAUGUUAUAGUUGCAAAAAAUGUAUCCAGAUGUUAUGUACAUGAUAAAAUAUGAUUGAACAAAUGGCUUAAAAAAAAAAACUUCUGAGGUCUGAGGAACAGUUACAGUAUGCCCAUCAUCUACCUCAUUUGAUUAGUGCUACUGUACCAUAGCGUGUAUUUCUCUGAACUUAACAUUUGGCAUUUUCUCUAAAUACUGAAGCUGCACUUUACAUUAAUAAUUAUUUGGUUUGAAAGUUUAUCUAUUUGGAAUAAUGACCUGCUUUUAACCCUUCCUGUCUGAUGCUUUUAUGCUUUGAGCACAUUUGUAUUCUGUUUUGUUUCUGAAAAGCAGCACAUUAUAAGAUGUUCUGGUUAAUUUCUACAAAAUUAAAGACAAAGAAAAUGUG